AGCAGCAGGUCAGUGAGAAUGCAAAAUGGUAACUAGUGAUUUAAAAGUGUCCAGAAUGUCAAUUUAGUAGCCUACCAUAAACUAUUGAGUGUAGCAGGGAAUCAUGAACAAGUGAACUAAGGAGUGAUUUUGGAGCAGCUUGUGUUAAAUUGCAGCCAUUGAACACUACUGCAGCUGGAGCACCAGGUGAAUUUAAUUAAGAGAAAGCUCGCUAGCUAGCUAGCUAGCUUAUUAUGUUCACGAGGACCACAUUUGUGGAGUGACAAGAGAUAUAAUAAUAACAACAACAACAAUCAUUUUGCCACCCUGACAUUUAGCUAUAGAGUGGAAUUUAACAAAAUGACCAUGUUGGGGACACUCUUAACCCGGCGGCUGACACCUAGAGGCGGUCCGCGGACCCCACUUUGGGAACCAACGCCUUCGAAAGCAUCACUCUAUUUUUUGGGAGAAGCCGCUCACGUGACGGGGAGAAGCAGCAGCCAGCACACCGCCGCUGUUCGUUUGACAGCUUCCACAGCGCCGGACGGAGAAGCAAGCGGGGCAGAGGGACACAGAGAAAGAGACACUCGCCGAGGGAAGACAAAUAGAAGACACAGUCUCCUUUUGCAACAUAAGAACUCCGCAGACUCCUCCAACCGAGACGGCUGGCACACACACCAUGGACGGUUAUGCCCGGACCGAAGAUGAGCUGUUCUCCUCCUGCCUACUGAACCUCACCUGGGAGAAUUGCUACGAGCAGUGUGCUGCCUUGGUUGGUGAAGACCAGCCCCUUUGCCCAGACCUCCCUGAACUAGACCUCUCAGAGUUGGAUGUCAGUGACUUAGAUGCAGACAGCUUCCUGGGUGGCCUCAAAUGGUACAAUGACCAAUCAGAGAUUAUUUCCACCCAGUAUGGCAACGAUGCAUCCAAUCUCUUUGAGAAGAUAGAUGAAGAAAAUGAGGCCAACUUGCUGGCAGUGCUUACAGAGACCCUGGACAGCAUCCCGGUGGAUGAGGACGGAUUGCCUUCGUUUGAGGCCCUGGCAGAUGGGGACGUGACCAAUGCCAGUGACCGGAGCUGUCCCUCCUCCCCUGACGGCUCGCCACGCACCCCAGAGCCUGAGGAGCCUUCCCUGCUGAAGAAGCUCCUUCUGGCACCCGCAAACUCCCAGCUCAGCUAUAAUCAAUACACAGGUGGCAAGGCACAGAACCAUGCAGCCAGCAGCAACCACCGGAUCAGACCACCACCUGCCGUCGUCAAGACGGAGAGCCCCUGGAAUGGCAAAGCAAGAGGGGGCUCCAGCCAACAGAACCGCCCGGUGAGGCGGCCUUGCACUGAGCUGCUGAAAUACCUAACAGCCACCGAUGACAUCCUGCUCCACACCAAAGCCAGUGACGCCAAGAGCACCUGGGGGGGUGCCAAUAGCAGGGACAAGAGUGGCCUGGGUCUUGGUGCCUCUUCCUCUUCCUCUUCGCCAUCCUCGUCAUCCACAUCCUCGUUCUCCUCCCUCUCAUCAAUCUCUUCUUCCUCUUCCUCCACCACCUCCAAGAAGAAGUCAGCUGUACCAUCUCAGCAGCAGCAGCAGCAGCAGCAGCAGCCGCAGCAGCAUCACCAGCGAGGUGAGAGCCGGGCUGCAGGCGAGUGUAGUGUGGCUGGUGUUGGGGCUGGGAAGUGGCAGCGUUGCACUCACGAUGCCGGGGUUAAGGAGUCGGAGGGUGCUUCUAUCCCUGUCGGCCACAGAACCUCCACCUGCGGCCAUGCCCGCCCCAAACUGGAGCACGGGUCGCCCAGUGAAGAAGGAAGGCCGCCAGGCGAUGUGGGCCGCCUGGCCGCCGCUAGGUUUAUUAGGUAUAUGCAUUCUUAUUCCCUCCCUCCCCGAGAGGUGAGUCACAGCUGUGAGCAUUGCCGAGAGGCUGCGGGCGCCACUCAGGCUAGUGAGGGCUUUGGCAGGCAAGGCCGUAGAAAAGGUAGUGGUGCUAGCCGUGCACCUCAUAGGUACAUCACAGUGACAAUUAAGGAAAGAGAUGAGAAGCCGGGGCACCCUUUACUUAGCCAGCUGCUCACCUCCAAACAGAGGCCUGCUCAAUAUCGAGCUCACCUACUCCCACCUAAGAUCACCCCUUUACCCAGCAUUCAGAGCAAAUCAGCAGGUAAGAGGUCUGUGAGCCCAGCACAGGCUCCCUCAAAGGUGGAGGAGGAAGAGAUGGGAGGGACCACUGAUUGUAGAAACCGGGGAGUAUGUCAGCUUGAAGAGCCUGACUUAGGGUCCCUGUUGUCACCUCUGGCCUUAGACCUAGAGAGCUGGGUUAACCAGCAAGACUCAGGGCUAGACAUGGGCUUUGGACUAGAGCUCGGGUGGCUAAACCAAGGGCUCUAUGGGGAGGAUGUUGACCGUGAUGAUGAUGAUGAUGAUGAUGAUGACCAUGUCAUGGGCAGCCCCACUGCGGUGCUCUCCCAGGGCCAACCAAGCCCACUCUUCCCAGAUACUAGAAUUGCAGAGCCCGCCCCUCCCUGCAUCAUACAAGGGCAAGGGCACCCACACAGGCAGGCACUCAGCGAGCACCCCGACGACCAGGGCCUCCUGUUGUUAGCCAAACCAACCACCUUGCCACUUCCUUUGACCCCAGAGUCUCCAAAUGACCACAAGGGAUCACCGUUUGAGAACAAAACCAUUGAACGCACAUUAAGUGUGGAGAUUGCUGGAACCCCAGGUCUGACACCACCUACCACGCCCCCACACAAAGCCAGUCAAGAGAAUCCUUUCAAAGCAUCGGUCAAAACCAAGUUGUCUUCAUGUUCCUCAUCGGCCUUGGCAUUCAAAAGAGCCAGGCUGAGCGAAUUGGGCCCCGGCGCUCUGGCCCCGGCCCCAGGUGCCUCAGGCGGGGGCCCCACCAGGAAGGGUCCCGAACAGACUGAGCUUUAUGCCCAGCUGAGCAAAGCGUCCACCACCCUACCUUACUCGGUCACCCAACACUCUGUGGGGGGCGGACUUGAGGAGCAUCGCAGCACUAGCAACAAUAAGCGGGCGGCGUCCCGUAGCUACAGUGACCAUGACUAUUGCCAAGCAUCAGCUAGCACUAAGAAGGACGGCGGCACAGUCACUGUUACCAUGACUACAGCAGCGGAAAUGAUGGUCACCUCAGGUGCCACCGCUGCUCCCAUGCCUACUACAGGCAAAGUGGAGGACAGGCAUGUCGAAUGUAAGGACUCAGCAAUUCCACCAUCCUCUUCAUCAUCUUCAUCUUCUUGUUCUCCAUCAUCAGCUUCAUCUGGUCCUUUGGCUAAGCAGCUUAAUGUUGCCUCUGUGAACGGAGAAGCAGCCCGGGUCCAGGAGUUAGGGAAGCAGACCCUUACAAAAACCACCCAGAUGCCCUCACAAGAGGCCACUACUGACUGGGACCAACUACACUCUGCUGCCAUCAGCCGGAAGCUAUUGUGUGACCAGGAAAUCAGAGCAGAACUCAACAAGCACUUUGGCCCCCCCUUAAAAGCCUUUUAUAGCCCGGGUGGCCAGGAGAGAGAAACAGGCAGCAAACCAAGUAAGGCUGCAGCCCUGAAGACCUUUGCGGAGGGAGAGAAUGGCACCUACUCACAGAGGCUGCCUGGCUCCACCUACCUGCAGCCAGGGUUCCUGCCCUUUCAGGAUGAGUUAGAGCUGGGUGAGGGCCGUGAGAGUCGCUUCCUCUAUCCGUGGGAGGGCACCCCUCUGGACCUUCUCUUUGACUGCCCCCCCUGCUCCCCCUCCUGUUCCCCACCAUCCAGCUGCUCCCCUUCACGAGGCUCCAUCUCCCCACCUUCCUCCCUCCUCCUCUCGCCCAGCAGGCCUUUCUGCUGGACCAGCAGCGGCUCCCGCUCCCGUUCUCGUUCCCACUCUGGCUCCCGCAGCUCCUCAUCGCACCACCGGAGGCGCUCCCUCUCCAGCUCACCUGACAGACGCCCCUCCUCCUGGUCUCGUCACAACACAGAUCCAAGCACCAUUCGUUCCAGGACUCACAAGAGCCCCCACCCUCAGUCUCAAUUUCCUCUCAGCCGCAGGCCAAGGUAUGACAGCUACGAGGAGUACCAGCACGAGAGGCUGAAGAGGGAGGAGUACCGCCGGGACUACGAGAAGCGGGAGUUCGAAAGGGCCGAGCAGAGAGAGAGGCAAAAGCAAAAAGCAAUAGAGGAGAGACGGGUGGUGUACGUGGGGCGACUGAGGUCCGACUGCACCCGGACAGAAUUGAAGCGCCGCUUUGAAGUCUUUGGCGAAAUUGAAGAAUGUGCAGUGAACCUGAGAGACGAUGGGGACAAUUUUGGCUUCAUCACGUACCGCUACACUUGUGACGCCUUUGCCGCCCUUGAGAACGGACACACCUUACGCAGGUCAAACGAGCCUCAGUUCGAGCUAUGCUUUGGCGGACAAAAGCAGUUCUGCAAAUCACAUUACACAGACUUGGACUCCCAUUCGGACGACUUUGAUCCAGCCUCCACAAAAAGCAAGUAUGACUCCAUGGAUUUUGACAGCUUGCUGAGAGAGGCCCAGCACAGCCUGAGAAGGUAACAGUUCAGUGGCACAUGCUGUCGGUCACAAAGAGGGACUUCUGAUACCUUACUGUUGUUUCUCGCUCCUUUGCCGACGAGACUACCAGAAGUUUUACACUCUAUGUCAGAGUAUAUAAGAAUAAGUCUAUAGACCUAUAUCAAUAUAAAUGAAUAUAACAAAAAUAAAGUUUACAUGAACAUAGCUGCUGAAGAGCUGGGAAAAGACAUUGCAUUCUGGGAAAAGACAUUGCAUUCUGGGAAAGCCAGCCUCAGAACCUGGUGCACAGGUUUGGUGCACUCUACUGCUGCACAACCGUCAGUGAAAGAAGAAAAAAAAACAUUCAUGAUUUUUUUCUCCAAGCACUACAAUGCCCACCAUUCUUUUGGGGGUGAAAACAUGCAGCUUGUUCAGCCAGAUUUGUUUUCUUUUGCUGUUGAUUUUUUCUUUCUUUUAAAUCUGAUGUUUGGAUCUAGUGUUACAUUACAAGCAAGAGUGUCGGGAAUUGUACCUCGGAGGUAAAAUUCUCAAGGUAACAUUGUCGUCUACAUUUUAAGGAGAAAUGUAGAGGUGUAUUUACAAAUACUAUAAAAAGGAAUAUUUUUUAUUUUAUGUACAUAUCAGAUAAAGUUCUUUAUUUGUUACAGCUAUGCACUGUAAAACGCAGCCUUUUUUUAAAAAAGAGGAGAAAAUUUCUUAAUUCAGAAUGUCUAUCUGUAGUCAUUACAAUACCGUAAAACAUAUUGUACACCUACAUGAUGUGUAGAAGACAUGAUAUGAUUGUAAAAAAGAAAAAAAGAUAUGUCCGAUUGCUCAUUUUGAGGGAGCAUGUAAACAAAUGUCCUUUUUUAAGUUAUUUUGUUGGGUAAAAAAAAA